AUGGUAAGUAAGAACCAAAAAUUAGUUAAAAUAGAAAUUGCAGAUCAUGAAAAUGGGAAUCUUCCUGUGAUUGUGGCUGCAUUGUAUGGACACAAGGACAUGGUUCGUUAUUUAUACAAUGUGACGCCAGAAGAUGUGCUGAGUCCCGAAAAGGGUAAAAGCGGAGUCACACUACUUAAUUGCCUUGUUACUGCAGAAAUUUAUGAUGUUGCUUUGCUGCUAUUGAAAAAGUAUCCAAACCUGGUUGUUAUCCCAGAUGGUAUUGGCAAUUACGCUCUCAAAAUAUUGGCUCAAAGGCCUUCUGCAUUUCUUAGUGGGACUGAACUUGCAUUUUGGGAAAGAUGGAUCUACUAUUGUGUAAGAGUACACAAAGAGCAUGUAGAAAUGCAAACAUCAAGUACUAGUCAUGAUCACGACAUUCAAAUUCCUGAAUCAAAUGACAAAGAUCCGAAGGGAAGGACAUUAACUACUCAAGCUCUAGAGUUGGUGCGCAAAUUGGGUUGGGGGAUAUUGCAAUUCAUUGUUCCAGAGAUCAGUAACAUGCACCAGAGGAAGUCAGUCCACAUCGAGGUCGAAGAAUUACUAAUUUUUAUGUUUCGACAAGUGCCAUUUUGGAGAAAAGUACAGCUCAAUGAAAUGGACUUUGAUAAAAUAAUAUAUGAUGCCAUAGAGCAUGGAAUUAUUGAAUUUAUAGAAGAAAUGAUUAAAUGUGCACCAGAUAUUAUAUGGAGAAAAGAUAAAAAAGGGAGAACAAUUUUGUCGAACGCAAUUCUUUUGCGUCAAGAGAAGAUUUUUGGCCUUAUAUUUACUUUAGGAAUAGAGAAGAGUCUAAUGGGAAUGAGACAUGAUGUUUUUGAGAACAAUUAUUUACAUCUUGCUGCAAAAUUAUCUCCUCCUUCUCAACUUGAGAACAUAACUGGAGCAGCACUACAAAUGCAAAGGGAACUACAAUGGUUUAAGGAAGUUGAGAGCAUAGUAAAACCCAAACACAAACAAGAACUAAACAGCUACAACAAAACACCGAAAACGUUAUUUAGCGAUGAACACAAAAAGCUAGCCAAAGAAGCAGAGAGCUGGAUGAAAAAUACAGCAGGGUCAAGCAUGAUAGUGGGCACUCUAAUUGCUGCUGUAAUGUUCACAACAGCUUUCACAGUACCGGGCGGUAAUAAAAACGACACAGGAAUGCCAGUAAUGCUGGAAACUCAUAGGAUUCCAUUCUUGAUUUUCAUCAUUUCGAAUGGCUUGUCGAUGUUCAGUUCGAGUACAUCACUGUUGAUCUUCUUGGGAAUUCUUACCGCGCGUUAUGCAGAAGAAGAUUUCCUCAAGUCCUUACCGGUGAAAUUAAUAAUCGGAUUGACGUGUUUGUUCCUUUCGAUUGUUACCAUGAUGGCAUCCUUUGGUGCUGCAUUGUAUUUGAUUCUUCAUGAGAAUUUUUCUUGGGUUAACGUUCCUAUCAUCGUCCUUACAGCGAUUCCAAUAGUUCUUUUCUCCAUCUUGCAGUUUCCUCUCUUGAUUGAGAUGACAAAUCGGACUUAUGGAGCUGGGAUAUUUGAUAAAACUAAGAAGAAAUCGCUUUUUGCUAAGUUCAGAGCAUGUUUGGUAUGGAAGAAUCUAUUGAGGAAGAAAAGAAAUUAA